AUGUCUGACGAGGAAGAAUAGUAAGUUUCAAAAUUAUGCUACAUGCAUUCAAAGCGUACAUUGCUCUAACCGGUGUGCUAUUACAGUAGUGAGGAGGAAGUGAUUGAGGAAGAAGAGGAGGAGGAAGAAGCCCCCGCUGAAGAAAACGCGGCCGCUCCUGCUCCAGAAGCUGAAACUGCUGAAGCUGAGCCCGAGGCUGAUGCUCCAAUUGAGGAUGCUCCCGCCCCAGAAGAGCGCAAGACCAGACCUCCUCCACCACCAGAAAAGGAGGUCGAUCCUUCCACCUUGACUGAAGCCGAACAGGCCAUGCUGGCUGCCAAGAAACGGCAUGAAGAAGAAGAGGCCGCUCGCAGUCAAGAAGCCGAAGCCAGAAGACAACAAGAGUUGGCUACUGUUGAUGAAGAACUCCGCGCUUUGAAGGAACGUCAGAUCGAAAGAAAGAAGCAGCGAGAAAUCGAGGAAGCCGAGAUGGCCGAACGUCGUCGCAAAGAUGAACAGCGUCGUCGUGAGGAAGAAGAGGCCCGCAAGGCAAAGAUUGAAGCCCAGAAGCGAGCAAAGGAAGAAGAGAAGCUGAAGAGACAACAGGUCAUGGCUGGUGCCUUCGUUAACACCUCUGCUAGUGAGUGGCCGUUUAGAUAAGAGGUUGUACCAUUGAGGUCUGACUAAAAAAAAUUUUAUUUAGAUAUUGGCCGAAAGAAGGAGAAGACUGAAGAACAGAGACAAGAAGCCAAGCGUGCUUAUAUCGCUUCUAUUCAGAAUAAGCCUGACAUCUCCAACUUAUUGCCCAAUGACUUAAAGGCCAAGAUCAAGCAACUUCACGCUCGCAUUUUGAAGUUGGAGUCUGACAAAUACGAUCUGGAGAAGCGUCAUGAACGUCAAGACUAUGACGUGAGUAACAGUGCAGAAAAAUUUAAUUUCAAAGCAAGGCCCGGGUAUUUCCAAAAAUCGACGCCAGAAUUUUUAGAAAAAUAUUGAAUCCUUUGAUCUUUUGCAUAGUUGUUGUACUAGGAGGACAGUUAAACAUUAACUUUUUGAAACCUUCGAAAAAUACGAUAGGUUAAAACUUUUGUCGGUCAUGCUGCAUUGUUUAAAAUGUCUUUUUUCAAGAAGUUUAAAUUACAAUAAUGUUCGCCAUGGUCGAAAACGUGAAACAGUGAAGUUUACGCUUUUUUUACGACAAAAUUCGCGAAAAUGAAAUUUAGGUGUACGGCAUGAACAACAUUGAAAGUGCAGUAACUCCAAAACAGCGCCUUUAUCUUCCUAAAUUUGUGAUAUGUUGCUACCUGCAUGUCACAGUAAAUUUGGAAGGCUCCGAAAGUAGUCGAAGGCUACAGUGUACAAUAAUGUUCGUCAUAGUGUAAAACAGCGAGAUUUUGUCCUUUUAUUCAUAAGGGAUUUUGUGCACUAACCCAACUACCGUAACCCCGGUUACGAAAAUUUUCGAACCUAAAUAUUCGCACUGAUGUUUAGCUGUCCGAGUACCACAACUAUGGAAAGUAUCAAAAGAUUCAUUUUUUUCAAAUGUCCGGCCUUUGUUAUGACAGAUUGAAAUCUGUAAAAACGCUGUUUUAAGUUGAAAGAAUUGAACGAACGCACCAGCCAGGCCGCAAGAAAGAAGGCCAUUGCUAUGGGAGUGGAGGCCGAAGAAGCCGAAGCCAGCUCUGGUGGAGUUGUCCGUCCUCCUAAGAUCAAUGUUGCCUCCAAAUAUGAUCGUCGGGUUGAUCAUCGUGGAUACGGAGACCGUCGUGAACUCUUUGAACACGUAGUUUGAACUCCCUCAAUAUAAAUAAUUGUCUUACCUUUAGCCCGUCGUGAAACCAGAACCCCCUAUCGCUCAUGGCAGUGGACGCCCUCCACCAGAAUGGGGCCGAAAGAACGUUGAAGAAUUGGAACAGCUCAGAAAGAACCUGGAGCCCUUCAGAUAUCAAGAACAGGUCAAGGCCGAAGGUGAGGCUGCCAAGCCCCCAGUUCCGAUUAUCCCUCUUCAGAUCCCUUCGGAAUCUGAAGCCGUUGCUCCCAAAGAGGUAUGAAGGUUUCUAAAUUCCAUCUAUUGCGACCCAGAAUGGGGUAAAGCGACUAAAACUCAUCGAAAAUUUUUGAUUCAACGUUUUCAAUGAGUUUAGUCUCACGGAGUCGUUUUGCCUCAUUCUGAGUCGUAAUCGAAAGAUUCCAAGAUUUCGGUUAUAAUUAUUAACCUAUUAUUUUUAGUAA